UCUAAUAUAAAUAAGGAGCUGUACUUUCCUAAAUCUUCCACCAUGAGAUAGACUUCCAACUUUGUACUCCAGAACCGCUGCUCUCUUCGCUUUCUCUAACCCUCUAAAUAAUUUCUAGCGUUACACUCGAUCGCUAGCUUGUAGUUUUCUGUUCAAAGCUCGAAAACCCAACUUCUUCCAAUAUCCUCGAUCGUUAUCGUGUUAUUAUGGCGCCACAUGGAGAGGCCAUUGCAAGCCCUUGCACCAGGAAAAACAACUUCUCCAAGCCGCCAAGGCUCUCUUCCGACAGCCUUCAACGAACGGUAUCAGACAUUUCGUUCGAGCUUAGCAAAGAAGGGAUUGACUUAGAACUCCCUCCAAUAUCAGAGAUUGAAGAUGCAAGGUGCGAGUGCUGUGGCAUGUGCGAGGAAUGUACGCCGGAGUACAUUGACAAGGUGCGCAACAAGUUCUCCGGGAAGUGGAUAUGUGGGCUUUGUGCGGAGGCAGUGAAGGAAGAGGUGGAGAAAAAUGGAGGAAAAAGAGAGGAGGCUUUGAGUUCACACAUGAGUGCAUGUGUUAGGUUUAACAAGUUUGGAAGGGCUUAUCCAGUUUUGUUCCAAGCUGAGGCCAUGAGAGAGAUGUUGAAGAAAAGCAAAUCGGAAGGGAGAGGUGUGAGGGCCAAGUCUAUUAGUCCAAGGGACAAAGGAGCUGUGCAAAAGAAAGGUGGGAUUGCUCGGAGUUCAAGUUGCAUUCCUGCAAUUACAAGGGAGAUUGCUGAUCUCACCAUGGCCAGUUGAUUCCCCAGCAACAGGCUUUUUUAUAUCUCUAUGAAGGACAUGAUUCCAUAUUUAUAUGUCAUUAACAUGUUCCCUUGCUCUCGUCUUUAAUCUGCUAACAAGUCCAUUUCUCCCCUAAACCUAUCCACCAAAAAACCGUAUUAAUUAGGAUAUUGCAUAGCAGUGAAGAUCCUAAUGUCUCCUUAAGCUUGCAUAUUCUUUGAUCAUCUAUAUUUUGUGAGCCAAUAACCUUUGCAUACUUAACCUUCCUAGGUUUUUUGGGUUAUACCAAGUUCCAUGUACCUUUCUUCUUUUAUCUCCGGUCCUUUUUGGCUUACCUUGGAUCUUGGAUGUUUUGCUCUCUGCAUGCCUUAAUUUGAUCAGUUAUCCUCUCUGGGUUUCUGUGUACGUUCAGGAUCUCCCAUGCAUCUCUUAUACUUUCCAGAAGUAUGUUGUAAAAGUGGUUCUAAAUCCUAAUCUCAACCUUCAUGGUUUUUAUGUGUUGGCUCAAAUGCUUAUUCACAAUCCGUUUCCCUCUAGCUAGGGUUUUUGUUUGGGUUUGGACACUCCAUCAGCUGUUUUUGUUUCUAAAUUGCCAGUUCAUGUAUCUUGACAAUAAAUAAGAUAUUGCAGCAACUACUGUAUAUAACAAUCAAAACCUCGGUGGUUGUGAAUCAUGUAUUUCUACAUAUUUACGUAUUCAAUAAGAUUGUCAUUUUCCUUAUGUUUUAGUACUUCUGAAGUAGUUUAUUUUCUGUUUACUUUCUUUUUGUUAGGGGUGGCAAUUUGUGACACGACCUGUUAAUCCAACACGAACACGACACGAUAAGAGCAGGUUUGGGUUUAAUCUUAUCGGAUUCGGGUCAAAACGGGUCAACCCGUUAAGACACGAUUGCUUAACGGGUCACUAACGGGUCAACCCGUUUUGACCCGUUAAGCUUAAAUUGAUUUUUUUUUUUUUUUUUUUUCAAGUUUUUAACCUUAAAUUUAAUUCAAUUGUAAUGUAACAAGAAUAGUUGGACUUGUGUAGGACCGUAGGUGUUCUAAUUAUGCACUGCAGCACUAUUAGUUUGUUAUUUUGUUGGGACUUUAAUUUUGAUAUAUUUAUUA